UAGCAAUAUAGAAUUUUAUUCAAAUAAUCUACUUCCGGACUCUAAAUUAUAAAAGAUACUGUAAUAAAAUGCGUUUGUUUGAAUCAAUUUUGCAAAAUAUUUCACCGCAGAAAAUCGCCCGCAAUGUUGUCACAACAUUUACCAAUCCACAUGAUAGCAAUAUUACUUCAAUCACUGCCAAGAAUAUUCUCCAUUCCAUGAUGGAUGCCAUUGGCUUUAAUUAUUAUGUUACAAUGAAUGAAAUUCAAACAAAUUAUUUUGAAUGGCCCGAACAAGAAUCAAUGUCUUAUCGAUUUAAAUAUGAUAAGAGUAUUUUUGAUCGUUAUCUAGAUUUUCUUAAAGAUUUUAUCAAAGAAAUGAAUCAAAGUGAUUUAUUGAAUGAAAUUAUCACAAUUAUUGAUAUAUUUUUAAACUUUUUCAAUGCCAUUGAUGAACAAUUGGGUGAUAGAUUCUUUGAACCAUUCUCUUUGAUAAGUUUUUCCCUUCUUCAAGCAAUGCAUAGAAUAAGGAAACGUCUUAACGAACCGAUUCUGGUAUUGGAUACAAUUUGUCAUAAAUUGUUUCAAAACUCUGAAAAGGGACUUGGAUAUCCUGAUUCUCAUCAGACAAUAUUCAAAGGAAUAUGUGUACUUUUAGGAAGAGACUACAACUAUUUCUCAUUCUUUGACAAAAACAUAUUCAAUUUUUAUUGCAAAUGUAUGGAAUACGAAUAUUCUACAACAAGUGGAGCACUCUUUAUUUACAUGCACAAUGCUUUGGAAAAAUCCACUUCGGAAAGGACAAACCUUGUGAAUUUUUUAACUGAUGAAAAGCUGAUAAAAGCUUAUUGUGUUUUUGCUCAACAAAAUGGAAAAAAUCAAGUAUUUGCUUUGUUGAAAUUUCUUAAUUCACUGUUGGAUCAUCUACCUGUUUUAGAAUGUUUUUCACGAGAACAAGUUCACAUAAUUUUUAGCAACGCAUUGCGUGACUCUAAAAAAAAUCGUGACCAAGCUGUGAAAUUCUAUCUAACUUAUAUGCGUAAAAGUUUUACAAAUAAAUUCAUACUCAGGGAUAUUAUAGAUUUUUUAGUUAUAAAAGCUAAUGGAACAGACAUUUUGGAUUGUUUUAUUUAUACGCUAUGGGAUGAAUUUCCUUAUAUAACUGAAUUGGAUCCAUAUUUGAAAAUUUUACAAAAAGUUGACUGGGAUGUUAAAAUAUUAAGUGUUGCUGCACAAGUUGCUAUAAGGGUAUAUCAAAAAUUGUACCAAGAGUAUGAUAGUAAUGAUGAUUAUCCCUUGCGUUUAAGUAAGUUUCUUCUAAAGAUACCAUCUCUCAUGAUGUUACUAAAAGGCAAAUGGCAGAUAAGAGGAAUACUUUUAAAUAUCUAUUCGAUAAUAGAUUUCGAAAAGGCUAAUUUUACCAUAAAAGAUUUUCCAAUUGCUGCCGACAGAUAUAUCAAAUACGCUCAACGAUAUCUUAAAAAAGAUGGUGAAGAUUAUUCAAUUGUUCAAAAUACCGUUCACAUUAUGCUACAAUUGAUGGAUCAUUUAAAUAUGCAAGAUGAAAUUGAAGAUUUUGCUAAAAGUGUUUAUUUAAAAUAUAAUCAACUUGUAUCUCAGCUUGAUGAACUCACAGAAAGCCAAAUUAUGAGCCUUCAAAAUACCCUAAUCAUGCUUUCUAACUUGGCUGAUACACCUUUAGCAUUAGAAGAAGAAAAUUUACUGGAUCUUUUAUCAAGUUUGAAAACUCACCUAAUUGAAUCGAAUAAAUUUCAAGAACUCUCUGAUACAUUCAAUUGUUUUUUAGGAACACUUGCAAUAACGACUUAUUCCGGAUGUAUUAAUGACAUCUCCAUGUUAUGUUCCCAAAUAACUCCUGAAGAUACCAGUACUGCAUCGACAAUUUUAAUGAAUCAUGUUAAUCCAUUUUUAAAAUAUUUACUUGACUAUCUUGAAAAUUCAAAUUUAUCAAAUGCAAGAAUAUUUUAUAAUGAAGCUGCAAUUCGAGCUCUAUGUGAUCUUUAUAUUGUCUUCAACUUUAAAUUGGAACGACAGGUCUAUUAUAUUUUAGUGAAUUGCGUCAAUUUUCAUGUCUUUGAAGCUCCAAUGGAGUCAAGUGAUCGACUACGUCAGUUAGAAUUACGAAAGAAUAUCCUCAAAAGUUUUAAUUUGAUGCAUAAAUCUGUUGAAAUACCAGUUGCCAUUACUUGGAAGAUUAUUCUACAUUUCGGAAUGACACAACAUUUUGAAAAGGAACUUACCGAACUUAUGGAUAUUCUUUUCGAAUAUAAUUCAGCGAGAUUUAAGAAGCCUUCAUUAUUUGCCUACAUUGUUCCUGUUGCCAUUUUUAAUUUGUUCCAAAGUCAUGUACCAAUUCCGAAAUUUCAGAAAGCACUAAGAGCUCAUAAGAGUUAUGUGGAAGAAAAACAAUUUUCUGAUGGAUCUAAUCGAAUAAUGAAAGUUCAUAUUAUUUUAACGAUGGUGGAUAUGAUUGAAAAGACAAUUAAAACUGGAGAAAUAAAUAAACAAACAAAUCGAAUGCAUUUGCUUUCGAAUUUGAGUGUUCUUUUGACGGAUGUUUAUCAAACUGAAUCUGAUCUGAUUUUAAGUCAAACUAGAAGAUUGGAAACACAUUCAUUGACACCUGCAGAACUAAGGACACUGUCAUCAUUCCAAGAUCAACUGACUUAAUUUUGUUUAUAACUUUCUAGUUUUUUUUUUUGAUAAGUAUUUAUGAAAUUUUAUAAACAUUGGAUUCGUUUAAAAUAAAUUAACGAAUUUUCUUUUGGUGUUAAAAUAUUACUUAAAUAGUUUAUUACUGUAUAAAGAAAGUUUAUUUUGCUCAAAAAUAUCUGAAAUUUGAAUAAUCAAUAAAGGUACUUACUUAUUCACGUAUCAACCUUAAAUUUUUGUAUUGUACUAAUAUUAAACACGAGCAAAUAGAUACAGGUGGCGUAUACGUAAUUCGUUUCUAUUAUUAGUUUCAUUAGAACAAAAUUCCACACGAAAAAUAAAAUGGGAACUUCACUUAUUGAGCGGCUCAAUUUUAGCCUUAAGUCUAGUAGGCUGCUGAUGUGAAAGUGAACUUAAUUCCAUCUAGACGCUAAAGUUUAGUUUUUUUUUAGUGAGAAAUUGCAAAUAUUAAGGCCCUUAUUGUCGAUCGAAUCGAUAAAUAUCUGUUCUGGUAUUGUGAAUCUCUUCGACAAAAAUAUU